AGAUCUACGUCUGGAGUGUAGUUCCAGUAUGAUCUACUGCUGUGUAGUAACUCUCGCGUAGAUCUCCAUCACAAUAAAAUUGUAUCGACCAUCAGAACAAUGUUGCAGAUGGAUGGAGUAAUGGGCUAAAUUUGUUUUACCCCUUUUCAAGUGCUUUCAAGUGGAGAGGACACGACACGUCACCGUAGUCUUUGUUUCGCUGUAUUUCGGUUUGGUAGCCGUGGGAGAACAAUCGUGACAUGUGUGUGAUGAUUUAGUAGCAUGUCAUGGUUGUAUUAUAGUGGCACUAGCUACAACUACUAGUGCCCCAUGUUAUCCGCCAGCACAAAACAGCACCCAGUCGUUUGGUAGCUGUGUACGAACGCUCAGCGCGCGCGCGCUCUCUCUCUCUCUCUGAGUCGGACGUCAUGGUAUGGUGACAGGCGGAGGUAAUCGACGGACUGAUGCUCGGAGAGUGGACCGUCUCUGAUCUGCUGCUUGGACAUCCGCUAAUGUCAAGCGGCUUUAGCCUGUGAGCUUGUGAGCUGAUGUGGUGACCAGGUGCACAAUUAUGUCUGUGUGAGGCCACCGUAGUACUGACUGCUAGGCCUCGUUUAGAAGAACGUGUUAGUGUUCAUGUGAGCGAUUUGCUUACAAGACUACACAGUGAGUAGUGAUCAUGGGCAUUCUGGAGACUGCAACUAACUGGAUCAGAUUUGUGGCUGGAGCUACACAGGCCCAGCUGCCCAGCCAUGGCUCUGAUCUAUCUGUAGACCAAUGCGAUCGCAUUCCCUUCAUACGUAAAGGAUACAGACACGCAAACACCGUCUCCGAGAGCAUUCUGAGCUGCUUCACGCUCAGCAACGAGGCAGCGAACAUCUGGAGCCACGGCGUUUCGUCUCUGGUGUACAUUGGUCUGCUGUGCGAAUCGCUACGAGAGGCUUGCGGCGGUGAAAGCGGGCAGCACGUCCAUCUAAUCCGAGAGCAGUACGUACCUCUGCUGCUGCAGAUGUUUGGUGUGUGGGUGUGUGUGACGUGCAGCUGUCUUGCGCAUAUCUUCGGCUGUGUUUCCCGAUGGCACUGUCGCGCUAUGUUCAUCCUCGACUACUUCGGCAUCAACUUCUCGACAACGGCCUCGGCAUUGGCGCUUUACGCAUAUACUAGACCUAUGGAUCCAGGCACUGGGAAUUUUGCCACUUUCUCCAUGAGAGCAUUCUUUAGCAUAGCCCUGGCCAGUCAUCUGUCUGUCUUCACUAUGCAGUGCUGUAUGAACUUUGUGUUCAGGCCUGCCGAACACAUCAAGGUGAUUGUUGUGGCGGCGUUCACGGCAUCGUUCUCCGUCAACGCUCUGCCGCUGCUGAGCCGCUACUUGUCGGGCGAGACACAGCCGUCUGACCUGUAUCACUGCCUGCAUUUGGCUUGUAGUGCCCUGGGUGGACUAUGCCUAGCCACGCACCUGCCGGAGAGAUUGGCACCAGACUGUUUCUACGUGUUACACAGCCACUCUCUGAUGCAUAUCGGUACAGUCGUCGGUGCCUACUAUCAAGGGCUGGCCCUGCAGCUGGACAUGCCUAGGUGGAGGGAGCUCCCAUCGCGACCUAGCCUUGCCAAUAUGGCUUGCGUCAUGGCGGUAUACACGGUAUCUGCUGGACUGCUAGGUUACUGGAUUGCGUAUGGCAAGUUGAAGACUGUUGACCGUGGUGACCAGGACAGAACAACAUUCAAGACUGCUUCAGCCAAGAAAAUACGCUAACCGUGGCCGUAACCGGACGAACAGCAGAGCGUGAUUUCACCUGUACUCUGAUGCUCUAUCAAGCGGGUUCACAGAAGCUUUCUUGCGAUGCGAAGCGAUCUGCGACGGAGGCGUGCGAUGCGAACUCGCGAAAUACCAUUCACAGAAGAAGUCAGCGAUACGACGACGCCUUGCUGAUUUGGCGCGACGUUCAAUGCAGGUUGAGCAUGUCACCAUGGUAUGUGCGUGGCUUGGUACAACUUGUACAAAUAUACAAGCAACUCUUGAAACUUUGUAUAAAUUUGCUGCAGAAAAGGUCGAAAUCAUAUGCCGCAUCGUCGCAUCGCAAAAGUUGAGCCAAGCUUUAACUUCUGCGAUGGCCUAGUUGCAGCUGCGAGAUGGAUGCGAUUUGGGGAUAUCCCAGUUUCGCGGCCAUCGCAUCGUGCAUCGCCAAAAUGCUCCUGUGAAUCCCGCUUUACUAGCAGUAUCCAGAGACAGUUGUCGUCCUCAUCUAUAAAGAGUCUUAUUAAAGACUGACUCAUACGCGAGGUCACAUAAAGCUGACAUUCAUGGUGGCCGCUGUAAACAUUUACUUGAAGUAUGACUGUAAGCAUACAAUGUACUGAGCUCUCAGCGCAAAGUGGGACAACCAGCAUGCCGGUAACUGAACACCGGAUAAACAC